CUGGGAAUUCGAUAAGUUGGGUACCAUCCAUGUUAAUAUUAAUAGGACACGAUGCUUCGGCAGUUAAUAAACAAGAGCUGAGUUUUCACCAUGAGUUCGAAUUUAUAUAUGUCUCAUUAUGCCCAACCUAGAAUCACAUCUGGACAUGUUCCGAUCAUCACCAACGAAAUUUGUGGUAUCAAAGUUUUGCCAAAAUGUUUUGGACUACUCUCCUCGGCCUCGCCGCCUUCGCCGAAGCGGCACCUCAGUUCGGCGGUGGUUUCGGUGGCACUACUAUGCUCCGAUUUGGAUGCCCGAAUGUUGUGAUUGACCGACUGGACCCUCUCGUCAACCCCGGCUCAAUCCCUUCUUCCCACGUCCACCAAAUUGUAGGAGGAAACGGCUUCAAUGCCUCCAUGACAACUGGUGAUGUCUCUGCUACUGCUGACUGCACCACCUGCCAGUUCAGCGAGGACUUUAGCAACUACUGGACAGCCAACCUUUACUUCAAGGCUCGCAAUGGCACUUACAAGCGUGUUCCCCAACUUGGACAUGCCUUACAAUUCAACGAUCAAUUCAGCACCCAGACCCAAGGUGGUAUCCUUGUAUACUAUGUCUCGGCCCAGCCCGGUCAAAUCACCGCCUUCAAGCCAGGCUUCCGUAUGCUCUCUGGUGAUGCCAUGGCGCGCUCCAGGCCCGACACUAAGCUAAAGAGGCAAAACUGCUUCCGUUGCUACACGGGACCUAACUACGGUGGUGACACCGGUGCCCCUUGCAUGGAUGACCGCGUCGAUUCCGAGAAUCUCCCCAACAAAGUAUGCGCAGGUGGUAUUCGAUCCAACAUUCUUUUCCCCACUUGCUGGGAUGGCAAGAACCUAGACAGCCCUAACCACAAGGACCACGUUGCUUACCCUACAACCGGCCCGGCCAACUUCCUUAGCUUAGGAGGCUCAUGCCCGUCCACUCACCCCAUCCGCAUCCCGCAACUCAUGUACGAGGUUGUCUGGGACACCACUAAGUUUAACAACAAGAAUGAAUGGCCUGCCGACGGAUCCCAACCAUUCUACCUAAGCACAGGCGACAACACCGGAUACGGCCAGCACGGUGACUACGUCUUCGGGUGGAAGGGCGACGCUCUCCAGAAGGCGAUGGAUACCUCCGGAUGCAUGGGUGCCCGAUGUGCGAACCUCAAGACCCAGGCCAUCGACUCGGCAAGGAAGUGCAGCGUGAAGAAGGUUGUCUCUGAAGACGAAGAUGGCUGGCUGACUGAACUUCCCGGAAUCAACAUGCCCAUGGUAUGAAGAGCCCUCGGUCCUAUACUCAACUUAGCGUGGCGUGUAAGAAGGCCCAGGGGCGAUAAAGCGGCUAUGAAAUCCCGAACAGACUAGAAC